AUGGGGUGUCCAUCAAUCUUCCCAUUAAAAUGGAGUAGUUGUUUCUUAGUUUUCUUCAAUGUGGAUAAACUUAGCAUCUGGGAAAGUGGAUUGUUCUUCGAUUACAGCGUAGUGGCCUAUCUUCCCACAAUUGUAGCAUUUCACUUGUUUCUUCUGGUAUUGGCUACUGAUGGAUAG